AAGACUUGCUGAGUGUAGCGUACGUGCGUCCAGGUCAGUCGAGCCCUAGAACCGGAUAUAACCGAAAGUGCUUGUAGUAAGUCACUAUUCGUUCGCUGAGAUGGCUGUCAAUAAGACCUUGGACGAAUUACAGCUAUAGUUCAAGAAUCGCCGGACCAAUCACGACACCGUUUCCCCAACGUGGGCGUGGCAAGUCGUAGCCUAGACCUGGCUAAUGCUAGAAGAAAAUCGAUCUUGGAAAAAAACCCAUCAAGUUGAGGGAAAUCCACGGAAUAAAACGGAAAUCGCGUGACCAGUCGCUGCAGGAGGCGCACCUGCAACUCUUCGCAAUGGCGACCGCCAUGUCCCUCAGCAUGAUGCUGGCUUCUCACCCUAACCCUGAUUCAUUGCCGGACCAGGUUGCAGGGGUGAACCCUGCGCCCACAUCCGAUGACAACAGAUUGGUAGACCAGGUUUCUACCCAAGAGCUGCCUGUACCUGUUCCCACACUCGCAGCGUUGACAUCUGAACACAAUGCUGAACCAGCUGUCAACACAGCCCCGCCAAUGAACUCGAAUAUGGCCACUGGCAAUGUUCCGUGUUGUGAUCUGCCCCCUACAUCUAUGGUCCCCCCUGUUCCGCCUGCUGCCGCUAAGAACCCCAGUUGCAAGAUCAUGACCUUUCGGCCCACCAUGGAGGAGUUCAAGGACUUUGCCAAGUAUAUAGUGUACAUGGAGAGUGAGGGAGCUCACCGUGCUGGCCUGGCAAAGGUCAUCCCACCAGAGGGCUGGAAGCCCCGAAAGUGUUACGAGACCAUUGAUGACAUGGUCAUCCCAGCUCCCAUCAUGCAGGUGGUGACUGGCCAGUCCGGGCUUUUCACUCAGUACAACAUCCAGAAGAAGUCCAUGACUGUGAGCGAGUACCGUAAGCUGGCUAACAGCAAGAAGUAUGGUACACCACGCCACAAGGACUUUGAUGAUCUGGAGAGGAAGUACUGGAAGAACCUGACGUUUGUGUCUCCCAUUUAUGGUGCUGAUGUCAGUGGGUCCAUUUAUGAUGAAGGCGUCCAUGAGUGGAACGUUGGCCGCUUAAACACUCUGCUAGAUAUGGUGGAGCAGGAGUGUGGCAUCGUCAUUGAGGGGGUCAACACGCCGUACCUGUACUUUGGCAUGUGGAAGACAACAUUUGCUUGGCACACGGAGGACAUGGACCUCUACAGUAUUAACUAUCUCCAUUUUGGACAGUCCAAGUCCUGGUACUGUGUCCCCCCUGAACAUGGGAAGAGACUGGAGAGGCUGGCGAAAGGUUUCUUCCCUGGCAGUUCUCAGGGCUGUGAUGCUUUCCUCCGCCAUAAGAUGACUCUGAUUUCGCCAUCCAUCCUGAAGAAGUAUGGGAUUCCCUUCGACAGAGUAACUCAAAACGAAGGAGAGUUCAUGAUCACCUUUCCCUAUGGCUACCACGCUGGCUUCAACCAUGGCUUCAACUGCGCGGAAUCCACAAACUUUGCCACCUUGCGCUGGGUUGACUACGGCAAAAUGGCCACCCAGUGCACCUGCCGGAAGGACAUGGUCAAGAUAUCCAUGGACGUGUUUGUGCGAUGCCUGCAGCCAGAUCGCUAUGAAUUGUGGAAGCAGGGGAAAGACGUCACCGUGUUGGACCACCUGAAGUCCACCGAACUCAGCAGCCCAGAACUGGAGCGCUGGAGAGAGAACCGUGUCACUUACCGCGCUAAGCUGCUCCGAAGAGCUAUGCACAAAAUGAAGCUUCUGCGUCGCCUGAAGCUGGAUGAAGUGAAAGUCCUGGCAGAGGAGGGGAUCGAGCUGGAUGCCGCAGAGUACCAGCGGCAGGUGGAAGAGCGCGAGGCCCAGCGGAAGCGAGAGCGGGAGGAGCGUAUGGCCCGAGAGGCCUUCAUGACCCUGCAGGCCAUCGAGCUGGAGGAGAAGAAGGCAGCCGAGGCUGCUGCUAAAGCCCCCAAGCCACUUGCCUUCGACAACUCUGACUGGGACAUUGAACCCGAGAAUCUGAACGAGUCUGAUAUGACGGCUGUCACCGGAUUUCAAGAAGCAUUUGAGAAGUUUGCAACGGCUGAUUUCAACGUCAGCCAGGAGGAGGGGCCGAAUCCCCCGGAACUGAAUGCACCUGAUCUCCCUGACAGCAAGCUGGACAUGACCACCUCACAGUACCCCAAGAUGAAGAUGCCAACGGAGGUCAAAAAGAGUCGCCGCCACCCCCUCAGCAAGCCACCGAUGAGGUCCCCUCUGUCUAUUGUGAAGCAAGAGCCAGAGAGUGACAGAGACUUAUCUGUGCCGCUGGAGAGUGACAUGAAGAAACAGGAGCAUCUUUGGCAGAAUCAUUCACCAAACUUCCUGGCAGAGAAAUCCUUCAACGCCGCAGUGUCCGGUCUCCAGCCUUACUGCGCUGUGUGCUGCCUCUUCUGUCCUUACACUAAGCUGAUAAAGGAGGAAGGUCAGUGGCAUUCAACCCCCCGUCAUGGCAUCCAAACUCGUCCACUGGUCCCUGAGAUGUGCUUCAAAACCGGCAAGAGUGAACCGCCGCCCACCAACCAUCACAUCGGAGAGGACGGCAGCAGUAUGCUACUGUGUUGCUCCUCCUGUCACAUGCAAGUUCAUGCCAGUUGUUAUGGUGUCAAACCAGACUCUGUCAGGGACGAGUGGACGUGCGCCAGAUGUGCAGCGGCUGCUUGGACGGUGGAGUGCUGUCUCUGCAAUUUAAGAGGCGGAGCGUUAAAGAAGACCACAGAUGACAGAUGGGUCCAUGUGAUCUGUGCGAUCGCUGUGCCAGAAGUUCGCUUCGUCAAUGCCAUUGAGCGGGAGCCUGUGGAUGUGACCGACGUUCCCCCAACCCGCAGGAGUCUAAUGUGCGCAUUCUGCCAACGCAAGAGCGACAACCAGAACCACGGCGCGUGUAUCCAGUGUUCGCAUGACAACUGCUCCACGUCUUUCCACGUCACCUGCGCUCAGAUCGCCGGAGUCAAGAUGGUGCCCGCCGACUGGCCCUACUUGUUGGCAGUGACCUGUCACAAGCAUAAACGGGGGGCGCCAAAGGCGAGGGCGGCUCCCAAAAGCUCCCCAAGUCUGGAGCUGGGGCAGCGGGUGAUAGGCCGUAGCGCAGACAGCUGGUACUACCACUGUACCAUCAUCGGAAUAGCCACGCAGACGUUCUAUGAAGUCAACUUUGAUGAUGGCUCGUAUUGUGACAACCUUCAUCCGGAAAAUGUCAUGAGUCAUGACUGCUUGCGUAGCGGCCCCCCGAACAAUGGCGAGUCCAUUGUCAUCAGCACGGUCGACGGUCAAAUGCUCAAUGCCACUUAUGUCAGGCCGCACACCCACACCUGCUACCAGGUGGAGUUUCAGGACAAAAGCCAGCUGAUGUUAAAGGCAUCUGAGAUCCACCAGCUGGAGCAGGACCUGCCCAAGAGGGUCCGGGCUCGCCUGGCCAUUGCUGCUCCCCAGGAGGAGACUCCCCAAGAGGACGAGGCCAAAGCAGCCAAGCGUCGGCGCCUGCCCUCCAACACCACCCGGCGCAGCAACGUCUCCAAGAAGCCCGAACCUCCCACUCCCCCGCCCCCAAAAACCCAGACGGAACUGCACAGUGUUUCACAGCUCACCUCCCCUGGCAUCCCCACUGCCGCCCGCAGCCUUCAGACUGAGAUGGAAACUCCAAUGGACACUCAGGUGGUCGACCCGCUGAUGGAGUCGAGCUUGUUGUCAGACCCCACCCUUACCCCCCAGACAGUCCCUUUCAAGGCCAGGUUGAACUCUGAUCCCCUCCUGUCGGCCCCGUCCCCCCCUCCACUGCCUCUGCAGCACCUGUCUGAGGGCUACACACCGAGCAGCAACUACGUCUCCUACAUGGAGACGCUUCUCAACUCGCACUUCCCUCAGGACAAUGGCCCUGAAGCCCUGUAUUAAACCGAGAACGCUCUUCUUUGAUAACUCUGGACCCAGGGAGGUGGGAACCUAAGCUAAGAGACAGAUAUCACGGACACAACCAGCUCACGGCCACUCAUGACCUCUGAAAUGCAUGUUUUGUUUGAAGAAUAAUCUACUUGCAGUGGUACCAUAGUCAUGUUGACUUUCGUUCAGAUCGCUUUGUCUUUCAGCUGCUGUGUUUCUUUCCUCUCUAUUAUAUAUGAUCUGAACACACCUGGGUGGUGUCAACUCUUUACCUCGUUGCUUCGAAACUAUAACAGCACACUCCUGGUAUUUUUACAGGAAUUAAGUUAUUUUCAGUCGGGUCUAUUUAUCUCUCUCUUUUUUUUAUUUUUUAAAUCGAUUAACCAGCAGAAUCUAUUUUUCAAGUGAGACACUUUUGACAGUCUAGUGGACACGUUCACUCAUGAAAACACCGAGUUGUAUAUUUGCCAGAUCGCAAGAGGUAAACAGGCUUUAAGUGUGUCGUAGCAGGAAGUCAGUAUUUAAAUGUUCUAUACUGGAUGAUAUAAAUGUAUUGAAUGCAAAACAAUAGUAGUCACUUUAGAGAACGCGUUAAGGGACGAGAGCUAUGUAUCGAUGUCUUGGUGUUGGCGGCUCCACCAGUCUCUCAGGGUUCCUACAUCAUUUCUCCUGUUCAUCAUGACCCCAGCUGAUAGGAAAGAGUCCGAAAAUGUAGGAACCCUCAAGCUAAAAAAGAAAAAAAAUCUAUCAUACUUUGUAUAAAAUCGAUAUUGUAUAUUCUAUGGUUGUCUUUUAUCACAUUGGACGUCGGCGCACAAACUUGUCCUUUUUUCAUUCUGGACAAAAUCCUUUUAUUGAGCUUCAUUUUCUGCUGCAGAGGUGCUCAGACUCAAACUACUGAUGAACUGAAGUUUCCAACCUCACCUGAUGGCAUCGUCACAUGAUCUCUGUAAUGUGAUUCCAAUUUGUAAAUGUGAAGUCUUUUUUUUUUUUUUUCCUCCAUAGCAUUAAAAACACAUCAAUGUUCAAGUCCUAUAUGAUCAGAUUUCAUAGGUAUUAAAGUGGGUUGCUAG